UUCAUCCCAUAUAUUCUAAUAAACACAUCUCUCCUCCUUUUCCUCAUUUUCACCAUGGGUAGAAAGAAAGUGAAGUUAGCUUUCAUUGAAAAUAACACUGAGAGAAAAGUCUCAUAUAGAAAACGAAUAAAGGGUUUCUUAACCAAGGUUCGUGAACUCAACAUCCUUUGCGAUGUUGAAAUGGCUACCUUAGUCAAUAGCCCUUACCAAAACGAACCGGAGAUAUUUCCAAAUCAUGAAGCUUCCACCGACCUCUUUACAAAGUUUAGCAAUCUUCCGGAGGAGGAUAAAUCAAAGAACAUGAAAACACAAGAAAAUGUAAUCAUGAAAAGGAUCAAGAAAAUUGAGAAGGAACUUGAGAAGGUGAGGCAGGAAAACAAGAAAAUGGAGUAUACAAACCAUAUGUAUGGAUUGUUGAAUGGUGAAGAGAUGCCCAAUAGUAAGCACCCAGGAUAUCUCAACGAUCUAUGUUAUGUGAUCAAUAAGCACCUCAAACUGAUAGAUGACUCGAUCGAAGCAAAAACUCAUGAAGAAGGUUCAACAUCGAACGCUCCCCAACCUUUUGUUGGACCCAUGGAUUCUGGUGGGACCAACUUCGACAUAUCAUGGGCUCCACUUUUGGCCCAUGUUGAUGAUCCAGUACUAUCUGAGAUUCCACUUUUGGUUCCAUCUACUGUGCUUGGAAGGACCAACUUCGAGAGACCAAGGGCUCCCUUUAAUUUGGUUCCUGAUGUAAUUCCAACAUCAAUGGUUCCUCUGACUGCUCCAUUGAUGGGUCCUUCAAGCGCUUCUGCUCAAGUGCCUGAAUUCAUGUUUCCUUUGAAGACUCCUCUUCCAUCUGAUCUUUCGUUGGUUCCUUCUUCAUCAUCUUCACAAAGAUAUCCUGAAAUUGCCUAUACAAUGUCUUCACCAAUGCUUGUUCCUCCAGUAGCACCACAACUAGACCAUUCGAUGAAUAUCCUCUCAAUGAGUGCAUCAGGGCCAGUGGAGAAUAAUGUUAAUGACUCAUUUGGCAUUCCAAAGAGUCCUUCAUUUUCUGAGUUGCUGAGCUUCACUGAUGAUGAAAUACAAACUUUAAUUGACGAUACAUCUUUCAACACUCAUGUUCAAGAUUCAAAUCCCCACCACAACAAUUGGAUCUAGGAAUGUUGCAACUUUUGUUUCAUAUAAAUUUCUAAGAAUGAUAGUAGUACUUUUUUUUGUGUAGUGUCACUUAA